AUAAAUAAUUAUAUUAUAGAUGAUUAUAUCAUAAAUAUUCGGAUCAUACAGCAAGUCGAACUUUUACAAGUUAAAUUAACACGAAGAUACGAAUAUCGGAAGAAGAAGCAACGAAGCCAAAAUGCAAAGUAAACGAGAAAGGUAAAGAUGAGUAUACGAGAGGAGGGAGAGCGAUGAGGCAGCCAUAGGGAAAGGGGAAAGAGAGAAAAAGAUAGUAAGCAAGCCAGCGUGCGAGUGAACAAACAGAAGAGAAAGAGAGAUAAAAAGAUAGUGCAACAGAGAAUGGGAAUGGAUGUGAUGCGAUGGCGGCGAGUAUGGCAGGGGUAAGUCUCGCUAGGCGGGUAACUACUACCGCAGGCGGCAUUGGCAGGUAUGACGAUGAACACACGAGAAGUCCUAUUAUCGUUGCGUUAAAAUGAACGAGUGAAUAACAACGCUGUUGAAAUAACGUCAGGGUAGCCGUCACGAAAUCGAUCACGAGCAACGCUAAACUCGGCCACGGUGGAAAGUUGGUUGACGAAUGAAUGCACGGAACCAAUGUAUGGAAACAAAGACACGAGAGUAGGAACGGUGCCGAUUCGAUGACAUGUAUUAUCUCGUGAGUACGUUGCUUAUCAUCGUUGGCAUAUUGGGGAAUCAUCCCCUUCUUGCAAACACAGACGGGAAAGCAAAUUUGAUCAGCGUGGCAAAGUGUUGCGAGCACAACGAGCUUCUUGUAGACGACACGUGCACGCCAUUGACGGAAACGAACGAGACAGAGUGGAGACCGGAAUUCAUCGAGGAGAAGGUCAAUGGUAUAUCAAGGAGUAAACCGGUUAAACCGAAUUAUCAAUUGAAGAUUGGAAGACCUAAGUGUCAACCCAACGAGCAUCAAUGGAAUGUAUAUCAUUAUCGAUCAGGCGAGGAUCGACUUGCGAUACUGACAACUGGCGUGUUGCGACACUACACCACCGAUUUGAUAAAGGGAAAGCAAAACGAAUAUAAUGGUGCAUUUGGAUUCGAUAAUGCAGAUUCAAUGGACGAAGAUGAUCUCGAGACGGUUUCGAUUCAUUAUGAUUAUCCGUUCGGACAUUAUUGCGCUGACAAAGCAAUUUUGAGCAGAGAUCGACUGGUAGCGAUGUACGCGAUGAUUUGCGUACCCGACGUAGUUGUUACAUGGUCCGAUACAAAUUAUUUGAUGAAACACGCCAUCGAUCCCACCUUUCAUGCUAUAUCGAUAGCUAGUUAUCUGGUUGUCGCGGUUGUCUAUUUUGUUCUACCACAACUGCGUGAUCUUGUGGGAAACAUGAUAACUAGUAUGACUCUGUGCCUUAUAGCUGGGCAAUCUGCGUCUACUGUCAGGAUUUUCACGGAAUUCGGCAAUCACAUCAGUUUUAUGAUUGCCGAUACCGUCAUGUAUGUCUCCUUGCUAGCUGCAUUUUUCUGGUUGAACGCCUUGGGUUACUACGUAUGGAGCACUUUCCGUUCGCGAAACGUAUUUUUAAGAGUAACUGAUGGCAGAAAGUACUGUUACUAUUCUACGUAUGUUUGGGGUUCAACGGUUUGCAUAGCGGGCACUGCAAUUUUUGCACACUUUGCCUUAGAAACUAAUAAAGCUGUCGUUGGCGGAAAGAUAUAUCCACCUCAAGAAACAAUCGGUUGGCUCGGUAUUUCCGUACUAUUUACAUCGAUCGCAUUUACGAUAAUGAUUGAUUUAUCUUUCGUAUUAACAACCGCGAACAGGAUUAAAAGAAUGAGCACAUACGGUCGAAUUCAUCAUAAAAUGAAAUACAGCUUUAGAAUGUUCGUUUUUUUGUUUGCAAUAAUGAGUACCGGUUGGCUAUCAUUCCUGCUAUCACGACUGAAUUACGAAGCGUUAGAGUAUUGUCAUAUCGUUAUUAAUUUACUACAGGCAAUUUUAAUACUAUACGUUUGCGUAUUUGGACAAAGAAGAGUUACAUUCUUACUUGGUAAAACAUGCAAUUGCUGUAAUUCAGGCGAAAAUAUCGAGGGCCUUGAUUGGGGCGAAGAAAUGACUGCCAUUAACGCGGGAUAUUAAACAAUUUUUAAAUCAUAUAAUCGAUUAUGAAAUUCGAUCUCAAAUGAAAUAAUUUUGUUCUAUGAAAGCAUUGUAUUUUGCACAUUUGAUUGAACAUAUCAAGUGAGAAGCAUAUUUAUAAUGAUAGUCUGUAUCAUAAACCAGUGCUCGACAAGGAAUAUAUCAUAUUAGUUAAUAUUAACAAAUACAUGUUUUAUUAAGGCAGGAACAUAACGCCCAUAAAUAGUAAGCUAAGGCAUUGUAUAUAAUGGUAUUUAAUUAAAAGAAUUUUUAAAAUCAACAAAAUUAUAUUAUUCUAGGAGAAUAUAAUAUUUAUAUGUAUCAUUGUUGAUAGAUUCGUUGCUUUUUACAUACAAACUUAAAUAUAUCUAUACUAAAUACGUAUUUAUCUAUUUGAAUAAUUUGGAAUUUAUAAUCAUAAGUGCCUUGAAACAAAAUUUUAUAUGCCUUACGAAAAUCUGCACUUAUCUGUAUAAGAUAUAACAUUAAUCGCAAAAUAUAUAAACAUCCAUAAACAUUAUCAUUGCAUCUAUCAUUUCUUAUAAAAAUAUCAUUUUCUAAGGAAUUUUUUACUUUUAAGAUAUUCAUAUAAUAUUUAUAUUUGUACAAACAUAUGACUUUUGUAAAUGGUGUAUCAUUUUUAUAAAAUCAAUUUCAAUAUAUCCUUUUAUACUA